AUGUCUGACGAGCCGAACGUAUUAUCUUCUAAUGACGAUAAUGGAAGUAAAAAAUCCAAGGAUCAAAAAUCGUCCAAGGAUGUUUGUGACGAGUGUGGAAUUGAUUAUAUUCCAAUGAAAUAUUCCGAUAAUGACUAUGUUAAUCUCUCAACAUUCAAGUUGUUUUCUCAAAAUGUACGUCCCAUAAUUAAUUCACGUUAUCCGAAAUUAGCAACUCAAAAGAUUAUGACUUUAAUGGCUGCUUACUGGCGUGAAUUUCUUGAAUUGAAAGGUGCACAAAAUUCAUCGAAUAAUUCCUUAACCGAAUCUCACAAUGAUCAUGAUGGAAACGACCGAAUGGAUACCGACGAACCACGUCCAAGUCGUUCUAGUCGUCGUCGUCGUACAGCUGUACAAGACGAUAAUGAUCAAGAAGAUGUAUCUAUUGACCAACAACAGCAACAAGACGAUGAUGAUAUUUCAACAGCAUCGCCACGUAGUUCAUCGUCACGUAGUAAUAAUAAAAAAAUUCCGUCAUUGAAAAUAAAAUUGCAAAAAGAUCAAGCAGCGGCAGCAGCAGCCAUUGCAGCCAAAGAACAACAAGCAGCCGAGGAUGAAGAAAUUAAAGCAACUAAAAAGUCAAGCCGUCAGCGUAAACGUAAACGACGCGAUGAUGACGAUCCAGCAAAUGAAUCUGAUGCUGAAUUCGAAGCCAUGUUAGUACAAAGUGAAAUGAAUGAAGAAGAAGAACCACCAAAAAAAAAACGUGUUAAAAAACUACCUAAACCACCUAAACGUAUAGCACGUUUGAAUAAUCGUCGUCAGUUACAAGCCGCCGCUGAAGAAGCUGCCAAUUUACCAUUGGAUGAAGUUGGUUAUGAAACAAAUCAUCAGGACUAUUGCGAAGUAUGUCAACAAGGUGGAGAAAUCAUACUUUGUGAUACAUGCCCAAAAGCUUAUCAUCUUGUUUGUCUUGAUCCUGAACUUGAACAAGCCCCUGAGGGCGAUUGGUCAUGUCCGGAAUGCACGAAAAAUGGUAUAUCAAUACGUACACGACAAGCUGCAGCCAUUGCAGCUGCUCGGCAAGCCAAAGAAGAAGACGAUAAUCAUAUGGAAUUUUGCCGUGUUUGUCAUGAUGGUGGAGAAUUAUUAUGUUGCGAUCGAUGUCCAUCAUCAUAUCACAUGCAUUGUUUAAUUCCGUCGAUGACAGUUAUACCCGACGAGGAUUGGUUUUGUCCACGAUGUACUAUUGAUCCACCACCGUAUGUCGUUAAAAAGGUUCUUACAUGGCGUUGGGUAACGCAUCCUGAUCCACAUUCAUCUGUGACAACAGAUACCGUAACAUCUGAAGUAACUAAAGUUGAUGAAAAUGGUGAAUCAGCUACGACAACAACGGUCAUCACAUCUAAACAUGUAAUAACAAGAACAACGGCGCUAGAUACAGUUCCACCGGCUGAGGGUGCAGAUAUCGGUGCUGAUGUUAAACAACGUCUGAUUCCAACAUUUGAUGCUACAUUACCACGUGGUGCGCCACGCGGUCCACCUAAAACAAGGGAAUUAUUCGUUAAAUAUGAUGGUUUAUCAUAUUGGUCAUGUGAAUGGUUACCUGAAUUACAAGUUGAAGUUCAUCAAUCAUCAUUAUGGCGUUGUUACAUUAAAAAGAUUGGUGAUGCCAAACAACCGCAACCAACUGUUGAAUUAGAUGCUGAAGUUGAGGAAGACGAUGAAGCUUCACGUCGUUAUUAUAAUCCAAAAUUAGAACAACGAUAUUAUAAAAAUGGCGUACGACCUGAAUGGCUUUGUGUACAUCGUAUAUUAAAUCAUCGAAAAGAAAAAGGUACACCAAUGUAUUAUUUAGUCAAGUGGCGAGACUUAGGUUAUGAACAAGCAACAUGGGAAGUGGAAAAAGAUGGAGAAUAUACAAGCUUAAUUGAAAAUUGGCAGCAACAUAUUGAUACUUAUUGGAGAUUCAGAAAUGGUCCCGAGGGCGAAGAGAAAAAGAAGAAAAAAGCAACAUCAACUAAAACAACUCGUCGAUCAAAUCGCGAACUUGAAGAAAGUCGAUGCAAUGAAGCCAACGGUGAUUCAGGCGAUGAAUAUGAACGUACAGGAAAAUAUCCACCACCACGUAAACGUUAUGAAAAACAACCUGAUUUUGUUGAAAUCACUGGUGGUACACUUCAUCCGUAUCAGUUAGAAGGUUUAAAUUGGUUACGUUUUUCAUUUUCACAAAAUACUGAUGUUAUUCUUGCUGAUGAGAUGGGUCUUGGUAAAACAGUCCAAACAAUUGUAUUCUUACAGGCUUUAUUGAAAGAAGGCCUUUCACGAGGACCUUUUCUAAUCAGUGCACCAUUAGCAACAAUUAUCAAUUGGGAACGUGAAUUUGAAUUUUGGGCACCGGAUAUGUAUGUUGUGACAUAUACGGGUGAUAAGGAAGCUCGAGCUGUCAUUCGAAAACAUGAAUUUUCAUAUGAAGAGGAUGCAAUUCGUGCUGGUCCACGUGCAAGUCGUAUUCGAAAUGGUGCUAAAGUUAAAUUUCAUGCAUUAUUAACUUCGUACGAAUUGGUUAGUGUCGAUUCAGCUACACUCUCAUCCGUCGAUUGGUCAGUUUUAAUUAUUGAUGAAGCUCAUCGUUUGAAAAAUAAUCAAUCACGAUUCUUUCGAACGUUAUUCGAAUUUAAUAUUGGCUAUAAAUGUCUUCUUACUGGUACACCAUUACAAAAUAAUCUUGAAGAAUUAUAUCAUUUAUUGAACUUUUUACAACCGGAAAAAUUUAGUGAUAUGGAUGGAUUUUUAAAAGAAUUUAGUGAUUUGGCUAAAGAUGAACAAGUUGCAAAAUUACAUGAUAUUUUAGGUUCACAUAUGUUACGUCGUUUAAAGGCUGAUGUCUUAAAAAAUAUGCCAACAAAAUCGGAAUUUAUCGUUCGUGUUGAAUUAAGUCCAAUACAGAAAAAAUAUUAUCGUGCUAUAUUAACGAAAAAUUUCGAUGCUUUAAAUGUCAAAGGUGGCGGUGGACAAGUUUCAUUAUUAAACAUUGUUAUGGAACUUAAAAAGUGUUCAAAUCAUCCAUAUCUAUUACCAGCUGGACAUUUUGAAGCACCACGUACACCAAAUUUAGCAUACGAAGGAACAGCUUUAAUCAAAUCAUGUGGAAAAUUAGAUCUAUUAGCUAAAAUGUUAAGAAAAUUAAAAGAUCAAGGGCAUCGUGUAUUAAUAUUUUCACAAAUGACAAGAAUGUUAGAUAUACUUGAAGAUUUUCUUGAAUAUUUGGGUUAUAAAUAUGAACGUAUGGAUGGAAAAACAGGUGGUUCCGACAGACAAGAUGCUAUUGAUCGUUUUAAUGCACCAGGCGCCGAACAAUUUUGCUUUUUACUUUCAACACGUUCAGGUGGUUUGGGUAUUAAUUUAGCUACAGCUGAUACAGUCGUUAUUUAUGAUAGCGAUUGGAAUCCACAUAAUGAUAUUCAAGCUCUUUCACGUGCUCACCGUAUUGGUCAAACCAAUAAAGUCAUGAUCUAUCGUUUUGUUACACGUGAUACAGUUGAAGAACGUAUUACACAAGUUGCCAAGAAAAAAAUGAUGUUAACUCAUUUAGUCGUUCGGCCAGGUGUUGGCCGAGGUCAAAAUAUGAGCAAAAAAGAAUUAGAUGAUAUAUUACGUUUUGGUACGGAAGAUCUAUUUAAAGACGACGAGGAUAUUGUCGGCAAUGGUGAAGGUGGUGGUGAAAGUGGAUUUUCAAAAAUUCACUAUGAUGAUCAAGCGAUUGAGAGGUUACUUGAUCGUUCACAAGAAGGCAUACAAGAAAAAGAAGAUGGUCUUAAUGAAUAUUUAUCAAGUUUCAAAGUGGCAUCCUAUGCGACGCGUGAAACUAAUGAAGAAGAUGAAGAAGAAGAUUUUCGUGAACCAGCACCAACAGCCGAAGAAAAUAUGGAUCCAAACUAUUGGGAAAAAUUAUUACGUUUACAAUUUGAACAAGAAAGAGAAUUAGAAAGUCAUGCCUAUGGUAAAGGUAAACGGUUAAAACGUCAAGUUAAUUAUGCUGUACCGACCACUGAUGAAAAUUGGAAUGAACACAAUUCUGAUAUAGCCAGUGAAUAUGAUGCACCAUCGGCCGGCGGUGAAGAUGAAGAUGUUGAUUUUGAUGAAACACCUGAUCGUCGACGUAAAACAGGACGCGAUCGUCCAUUACCUCCAUUAUUAUCAAAAUCAGGUCCAAAUAUUGAAAUUUUAGGAUUUAAUCCACGACAACGUAAAGCAUUUUUAAAUGCUAUUAUGCGUUUUGGUAUUCCACCACCGGAUGCAUUUAAAUCUCAAUGGUUAGUUCGUGAUUUACGUUGUAAAUCGGAAAAAGAAUUUCGUGCUUAUGUAUCAUUAUUUAUGAAACAUUUAUGUGAAAACUUAGCGGAAAAUUCUGAAACAUUUUCUGAUGGUGUACCACGCGAAGGUUUAUCAAGACAUCAUGUACUUUCACGUAUUGGUAUAAUGUCAUUAAUUAGAAAGAAAGUACAAGAAUUUGAAAAUAUUAAUGGCCUAUGGUCAAUGCCAGAUCAAGCACCUUCACAUGAAAAUUCAAAUGAUCUAAUCGAUGAAUUUAAACCAAUCAAUGAUAAUAAAGUGGCAACUAAUAAUACUGAGAAUGUUCAAGCAAACGAAUCCAAUGAAACAUUAGCAACAGCAAGUUCAAGUAAUAAUUUAAUUGGAGAGUCGAUGAGUUUAAGUGAUUUAAUUAAUAAUAAAACUGAUCAAAAUGAUGUUGAUAUGAAAGAUACCACAACUAAUGAAGAUGAGAAAUCAAGUUUAGAAAAGCCAGCUAUUGACGAAAAACCCGAUGUAGCAACUGUUCCUGUAGUUGAAAAUAAUAAACCCGUAACUCACAAUCGUAAAUCUCAAUUUGUUCGUAGUGAAAAAUUAAAAGAUUUUAAAUUCAUGUUUAAUAUUGCUGAUGGUGGUUUUACGGAACUUCAUUCAUUAUGGUUAAAUGAACAACGUGCAUUAGCACCGAAGCGUGAACAUGAAAUUUGGCAUCGUCGACAUGAUUAUUGGUUGUUAGCUGGCGUCGUUACUCACGGUUAUUCACGUUGGCAAGACAUACAAAUUGACCCGAAAUUUUCUAUUAUCAAUGAACCGUUUAAAAUGGACAUGGCCAAAGGAAAUUUUCUUGAAAUGAAAAAUAAAUUUCUUGCACGUCGAUUCAAAUUACUUGAACAAGCGCUUGUCAUUGAAGAGCAACUACGUCGUGCGGCUUUCUUAGGUUUAGCUAUGGAACAAACAAAUCCUGCAUUGACACUUUCACAACGUUUUAGCGAAGUCGAAUGUUUAGCAGAAUGCCAUCAACAUUUAUCAAAAGAAUCAUUAGCAGGAAAUAAACCAGCCAAUGCUGUACUUAACAAAGUACUAACACAACUGGAAGAAUUAUUAAGCGAUAUGAAACAGGAAAUAAACAAAUUGCCAGCAACAUUGGCUCGGCUUCCGCCAGUCGCUCAACGACUGAAUAUGUCCGAAAGAAACAUUCUAUCCCGUUUGCAAAACGGCCAAAGUCAACAAUCGGCAACUUCGCCACCGGCAACAACUAAUGGUAACGGUUAUGCCUAUGCAAAUUAUACAAAUUUUAUCGGGCCAUUUGCUUUACCAGCAGCGAACAAUGCAAAACCAACCACUAAUUCAACAAAUAACGUUUCAGCUAACGCAUCAACGACCUCAGUUGAAUCGACACCAACUCAAAAGUCUUCAUCAUUAAAUCUGAUUCAAUAG